CUCACUCCGCUAAAAAAUUUGCGAAACGCUUCAAAUUUUAAAAUAAAAGGGCUGUGAGGUAAUUUCAUGCACAUACGAUGUCCGAAUCCUAAAUGGAGUACUUAUCCACGUCAUCGAUCCGCGUGAUAUUAUGUGAAAAGUUGCGUUACCGUCGGAUGAGUAACGAGAGUCGUAUUCCCCAACCGUUGGAUUAGGUCCCUCAUCAUCUUCCUUUUUUAAUUUUUUUCUUUUCUUUUUUUCGAUCCGAUCCAGAACGAGCCCCAUUUUAAAAACCUCCUCAGCUUUACCAUCUGUCUCUGCCCUUCUCUUGUCACAAACCCAAACCACCAUUUUCUCUCUCUAUCUCUUUUCUUUCUUCUCCUUACUUUCUCUCUCUAGAAUUUUCACUGACAGAACACUCAUUUUCUCUGUGAACAAACGGUUAUGGCAACUGAAAACUCCAAUAACCUUCAACCUCCACCACUGUCACCGUCUCCUCUUCCACAGUACUCAGAUAUGAUAAUGGCGGCGAUCGAGGCCCUGAACGAGGCCAAUGGCUCAAACAAGUCGGCCAUAUCAAAGCAAAUCGAGUCCACUUACGGUAAUUUGCCUGCGGCUCACACCACGCUCAUCGCGCACCAUCUCAACAGGAUGAGGCAGAGUGGCGAGCUCGUUCUGGUCAAGAACAACUACAUGAAGCCGGACCCGAACGCGCCGCCCAAGAGAGGCCGAGGCCGUCCACCAAAGCCUAAAACACCUCUUCCACCUGGAUCCGUGGUGUCGCCACCCAGGCCCCGUGGACGACCACCGAAGCCGAGGGAUCCUUUCGCUCCACCACCGACUCCGAAGCCGAAGACUCCCAGCUCCGGCAGGCCACGAGGAAGGCCGCCGAAGAAAGCCAAGACAACUCCGCUUCCGGUUGCAUCCGGCGGCGAGUCGAGAGGGAGGGGAAGACCUCCGAAGGUGAAGCCGGCCGUAGCGGCGGUGGGUUGUUGAGUUAGCGAGUUUUAGAGUGUUGAUGAUGACCAAGAUGAGUGAGAGAAGAGACUGAUUUCUUAGGCUAAAAUUUAGUUUCUAUGCUAAUUUUUAUUUUCAUGUAUUUUUUUUUUCUUAGCUUUGUCUCAUCCUUAUCUUUCUUUUUUAAUAUUUAAAAAUUAAUAUAAUUUGGUCUCUGUGUAUUAGGUGGUGAGUGUUUGUGAGAGUUGUACUGUGGGUGGGAGGGUUUUCUUCUGUGACUUUGUAAUUGUGAUGUAAAUUGUUUCAGCGGCUGUUUAGGCUUUCGCUUUUUCUCUCUCUUUUAGGGAAAAAAAAUAUUCGAAAAAAGUUUACAAAUGAGACUACUGAUUCUGAUUAUUA